AUUUAUAUAUUAAUAUUCUUAUAUCAUCCAGUCACGUGUUUCCAUAGAGGGCCCCCUAGUGGUGGAGGUUGUUUCUAUGGGCAACACGCAGGAGUACGCCACUUUUCCCAGAAAAGAACACCAACAACAUGGAUGAUGUGACAGAAAGCGCGCCCACCAGGCUGCCAGAUGGAGAGGGGGCGGGUGUGGAUAUUCCGGAGGGUCCCCUUCCUGACAGCUUCCCCCAAGAACAAGUAGGUGAGGAUAUCCCAGAGGGUCCCCUUCCUGAUCACUUCCAUGGAGGUGGAGUAAAAGACAGUAGUGGGGUUCUCAUCACUGAGUUGAAUCAUCGAUCGAUCACAUUAUCACCGCCGACCCCGGUGUAUGAAGAUCCGUUGGAGCGCUCUCUGAAAUACAUGGAGAAACACAGCGUCCUGCAGAUAUUCCAGGAGAUCACAGAAGAUCUGGUGUACGAGAAGCCAGAAGAUCCCCUGCAGUUUAUGCUGGAAAAGGUCCAAUCCAUGAUCGUCAGCAAGAAGGAACAGUGAUUACUCCUCAUGGUGAAGGCCAAGAAGGGCCUCUGUCCCUCCCCUGAAGAACAUGCUAUUUUCUGCAAUUCACCUCAUGAUACAUGACUGUAAAUACAGGACAGUUCAAAUAAAACCUUUUACUUUCCAAA